AAUUUUAAUGUAAGGAUAAUUUAACAGUACUAGACUAGUGUCAUUAGAGAAGAAAGUGUGAACAGAGUUCAUUGUAUUGUCUGAUUCAAUGUUUGUGGCCAAAAGAAAUAUAAAAAACAAAAAUUUGCCAGGAAGGGCUACUAAUAUUUUAGGAUAAGAGCAGCCUUGAUAAAAGAAAGGUGGAAGGUUGUCUUCCUAUGUAUUCACAUUUGAGAAUGGAUUAACCCAGGAUUCCUUGGGAAGAAAGCUAGGAAUGUGAGUGUCUGAGAGAGGCUGCAAGGGAGAAGUGUAGAGACAACCAUGGAUGGAGACAACAUAGCAGCCUUAGAAAUCCAAAGUCUCUGUUCUUUCUUCUUGUUGAAACAACAUGGUAGCCAAAGAAGAUAGCAGAAUGAUUCUUUUUUCAAUUUGAUCAUUUAUAGAAAAGAGUAUCACAAUUUCCCAGAUUUUGCAGCUUCCCCCAAAGUGUGCAUUGAAGGGCAAGAUAUCUGGGUUCUUACCUCCAUUUGGAGUUUCUUUUGAACAAGCAAGCAAUAACAACAACUUACCAAAUUAUAUACCUGUCCUUUAGUUUUUUACCAUAGCAUUUGCUCUUCCAAGGAUGCUUCUUCCUGGCAGUGCCACCUGCAUUUUCUUGUUCUGUCUUUUCUCUUUGACUCCUCUUAUCAGUGCCACCCACAACCUCACCCUUCCCCAUCAACACCCUUAUCCUGAGGUGGUGGCUCAAGAAGUUCAAAGGAGAGUGAAUGAAUCAAUCUCGCGAAGACUCCUGCUGCCAACGAUUUCAAAAGACCAAUGCCUCACCGGAAACCCUAUCGACGACUGCUGGCAGUGCGACCCUAACUGGGGAAACAACCGCCAGAGGUUAGCGGACUGCGCCAUCGGGUUCGGGCAAGCCGCAAUGGGCGGCAAAGGCGGAAUGAUCUACGUGGUCUCCGACUCCUCCGACCAGGACGCCGUGAACCCCAAGCCGGGCACUCUCCGCCACGCCGUGAUCCAAACGGAACCGCUCUGGAUCAUCUUCGCCGCCGACAUGACCAUCAAGCUCAAACACGAGCUCAUCGUCAACAGCUACAAGACCAUCGACGGCCGCGGCGCCAACGUCCAGGUCACCGGCAACGGCUGCAUAACGCUCCAGUACGUCAGCAACGUAAUCAUCCACAACAUCCACGUCUACAAUUGCCUCCCCUCGGGGAAUACUAUCGUACGCUCGAGCCCAACGCACGCCGGGUGGAGAGGCAGAUCGGACGGCGACGGGAUAUCCUUGUACGGCGCGAGGAACAUCUGGAUUGACCACUGCGCUUUGUCUCAUUGUACCGACGGCUUAAUUGAUGCCAUAAUGGGGUCCACCGCCAUCACCAUCUCAAACAGCUAUUUCUCCCACCAUGAUGAGGUCAUGCUCCUCGGACACGAAGACGGAUACAUGCCGGACUCCGGCAUGCAGGUGACAAUUGCAUUUAAUCACUUUGGGGAAGGGUGUGUGCAAAGGAUGCCAAGGUGCAGGAGAGGAUAUAUACACGUGGUCAACAACGAUUACACUGAAUGGAAAAUGUAUGCUAUCGGCGGUAGCGCUAACCCUACCAUCAACAGCCAGGGCAACCGCUAUAUUGCGCCGCUUGAUCCAAACGCCAAGGAGGUGACAAAGCGCGUGGACACAAAUGAGGGGGAAUGGAGUGAUUGGAACUGGAGGACGGAGGGGGACAUGAUGGUAAACGGAGCCUACUUCGUGCCCUCUGGCAAUGGUCUCAGCAACGAGUAUGCCAAGGCCUCUAGCCUCGAUCCCCAAUCUUCCGUUCUUAUUGACCAGCUCACCAUGCAUGCUGGAGUUUUUGGCGGUUCUAGGGACAACAGCAUUCCCAUAUCCUACGGUGGCGGGACCACCACCGGCGCAACCAGCAACAGCCAUGCUAGGCCCACCGGCGGCGGUGAUAGUGCAGACGACCCCUUCGGAAUGAUAUUCGGGAACGCCGCUCCACCAUCAUCACCCCCUCCUAUUGCAACCACCAUUUUCUUCUUGUCUCUCUUAAUUAUUAUUCCAAAUUUGUACCUUAACAUUGCCACCAACCAAGGUGGCUAAUUAUCAUUACCAUUAUUAUGUCUGCCAUA